AUGGAUAAACAACCCACAUCUUUUGCAACAGAAUCUUUAAAACAAAAAAAUAAAGAAGAAAAUUUCAAAAAUAAAGAAAUUGAUAAUUGUAAACAAUUAGAAUUUGAAUGGAGUUUAAAUAAAAUAAUUGAUCGUACAAAAUAUUCAAAAGAAAAAGAAUUAGGACAACCAAUAAUUUUAUCAAAUAAUAAUAAAACUUCCACUAGACAUGAAAGAGUACAAGGUGAUGAAUUCCCACCAAUCAGAAUUUUAUCAAACCAACCAAUUUCAUUUACAAAUCAAGAUGAAAUAAUUGAAUGGAGUGUUUUAGUAAACUGUACUCAUGGUUUCAUUGAAGUUGGUGUUUAUUUACCAGAAUUGGAUACAACAUACCUAUUAAAAGGUUUCAAAAAUGAAGCACAAAUUGAAAAUGGUAGGGAACAAAUUAAAACAUUUGAAUUUGGUGAAAAAAUUAGUACUGGUGAUAAAAUUACAAUUUCACUUCAACAACAACAAAAUAACAACAAUAAAACUAUUAAAAUGAAUAUCAUUAAAAAUGAUAAACCACUUGGAACUCCAUUUAAUGAUAUUCCAACAACAUCAAAAAUAUAUCCAAUGAUUGGUUUAAAUGAUGGUGGUGAUCAAGUAUCAAUUAUUUAG